AUGCCGCUUGCACAUGAUGUGGACGCGGACGUUGAACGUGAUGCCAGCCUCAAACCGGCGCUUUACUUGGCACAAGCAUUCUGCACUAGACAUUCACUAGAAUACUUGGAUGUCAUUGAAAGAGAAAGGAACGCAGCGCUGCAGGAACUAGUACAUCAAGCCAGCGAACAACGUAUACCAAGUCUUGCAUUUGAUCCUACAAUCGAAGAGAGUCGAGCGCAGCUGUAUGCCCACAGGAGCAGACUGAGCGACCUCCGCAGCGAUGCGCAUAUGCAACGCUGGGCCGAUGACCUCCAGUCCAUGGAAAGCGCACUGCAUAGAGUCCAAAAACGACAGCACACUCUCGAAGUGCUGCUGCGAGCCCUAUCGAUUCACGAGGAUGAUGCCGCACAGCUGCGUCGAGACGACCUCGAUGUCGCCGUCUUGGAUGCAUUGGGGCGUGUGCAACGAAUUGAGUCUCGCCUCAAGGAGUUACCCGCUGAAAUGCGGUCUUGGAAGUUGAUUCAGGAUGCUCAACGUGAGCUGCACAUCGUUCUCGAGUCUGCAUGGGAUCGAGUGCAAUCCUGGGUGCGCGCUUUGGAUUGGGCGAAGCCAGAACUGCCCAUCGAAGCACCGGAAUCGCAUGUUCUGCUCCUGAUUCGAGCCUGGUUACCGCUGUUAGCGUCCUGCCUGCAACCUAUUGUCGCGGGUCGCCAACAGGUGCUACUUCGGGAGCUCCAACGACAAUGGGAUGAGCAUGUUCGGAACUUGAGUCCAGCAGCAGAUCGGUCUACCGCCGGUGAUGAGGUAUUGCGCCUCAUCAACGAUUUGUUUGCGAUUGUGCAUCAGCAGCUUGAGCUAGAGAAAGAGCAAUGGCUCCGAGCGUUCGCCGUACAGCAUCCGCACGAGAAUGCGCACAACGCUGGACGACAUGCCGCCGCUGAGCACAAUGCGGCACGCGCGACAGACCUGGUGCAGACGAUUCUACGGCAAAGCAGUGAUGUUUACGCCGACGCCAUGAGCUCUCGUCUGAAGAUGUGGAUUGACAAUGAGUCGCUGCCGCUGUCAGCAUUACACGAGGUGCACAAGUUCUUGGUUCUCUACGAACAUUUCUUCCAACGAGUUCUGGGUACGGAAGCAGUACUCCCGCUGGCGUUGGCAUCGAUUCGUCGUGAGGUUCUGGGGCGCUGCGUUUCGGGUUGGCGUGAACGGUUCAUGAGGUUGCUUCAAAAUAACCUGAUCAUACCGCACGAUUUAUCAAUACCGCCGUUACUGCUGCAUGAGGCAGAGCAUUUGCGUGCCUGUCUCGAGAUUCAAGCUGACCCAGGUCUGCCGCGCACAUCACAGUCGGUAGACACUGCCCAGUUGACAGAUGUCGUUCUUGAGAGCGUCGAUGCGCUGGUGCGUGUGCUGGCUGUUCGAGAUUUGGACCCAUUGGGGCGUUCGGUCUUCGUCGGGAAUACCCUGGAUGCAAUCGUCAACGUUUUAGCUCAUUUCUGGACUGAGGUGCAACGCGCGCGCCUCGAGCACUUGCUCCAGGAGCACAUGGCCGCGUACAUUGCUGCAGCAGUGGACUCCUUGCUGCAGCGGUGUCGUCUGUUGGAGAUCAGUAAGCUUGCCGGCUCCUAUGGGGAUCCAUUCUCGGCUGCAACUGAACAUGGACAACAGCGCGAAGCGUCCUGGCCCAGCCUCGAAGCGCUUGCACUGCGCAUGCGCGCGUUCGAGUCGUUGCUCUUCGACGCGCCCGUAUCGGACUGGUUCCCGCCACCGCUUGCGACACGUAUUCGAAGCCUCGCUACGCGGCAGAAGCUGCUCUUCGGGCUUGCCUCUGCUUUGCUCGCAAAGUAUCGACAGCUGGUUUCCGCAAUCUCUGAGAGCGGAGCGUUUUCUGCGGAAGAUGUCGAACGUUUGCAUUUGCGGGAUGUGACUGCAGUCGAGGAACGUCUGCAAAGCCUGGUGAAUCGUAGUAUAUAG